AGUAACAGUAAUGACGUCACCCCUGGUGUAUGAUAGCACUUAACCUUUACAGAUUGUAGCAGACGACGGAAAUUUGUGAAAGUACGAAGAGAAUAUUGCAAGUUUGAUUCAGAUAACAUUCUGAUACACAGACCUGUCAGAUCAUUGCCAAACAUAUGUGUGUGAAUGGAUUCAGUGAGGCAAAGUAGUUACACCAGUUCUCAUGGUUUAGAACUGAACAGACAUGAUUAUUGGGAGGACAAAGUUUACUCUUCAUCAGCCUGCAGAUCUACCCCUGAGGUGAGAGGAAAUGAAGGAGAGAUGGUCAGUACUGGAGAAUGUAAUGCUUCACAGAGGACGCACAUAGAAUCUGCCUCAUUAUCAAAUCAGUCAUCAUCUUAUGGAAGGUCCUGCAGUGUUUCCCACAACAAUGUGCUCCCUGUAUCCAGCAGAGAGACCUUACUUGAAAGUGCUCAUAGCUUCAUUGCUUGGAUAAACGAGAAACGAGCUGAAGAUAUUAAGCUUAUGGGUGAUUUCAGGAAUGCCAUGGAAAUACAGGCAGGUAAGGUAUGUGAUUUUUUGCAACAGGAGAUGAUUGCCAUUUAUGACAAUGACACACAUCAAAUCCAGGUAAUGUUAAAUGAGCUUUUCGCAACUUUGGAUCGAAUAAGAGAUAUAGAAGUUGAGUUUCUACAGUUCAAGGAGGCAUUCCAAGUUCUUUUCCAACAGUUGCAACAGGAUGAUUAAUACCAUGGAGAUGUUUUUUCACAAGCCGAUCUUCGUGUAAUGUCUAAAAGCAUCUUCAGAUGCACAAGCUGACAGAAAGAUUGUGAAAACAUUCUCACAACAUUUUGACUCUGUUCAAACACCAAGUUAGAAUUGGAAUGUUUAAUUAUUACAAUCUUUUAUGCCUUUAAGAAAGAAGGGAUAUUACAAGACAUUAUAUAUUGUAUUAAUAACAAGAAACAAUGUGUAACUCUUUAUUACCAGUACAUCAGCUAAACUGCAUUGGGAUGGGGCAUAGUAAAGAUUUAGUUUUUCAGAUACUACUACGGUGUACACAAAACCCACAUUGCACUGUAGGUAACACAAACAUUGCACACCUCUGGCUAAAGGACAUCUUUUAUAUGUAACUCAUAAGUAAUGAGCAUUAAAACUGUGAGUGUGACUGAUAAGCUGUGAUAUACUUGUGUGCUCUGCCUUUGUGUACAUGUGUUAAUUUUCUUUUAUUAUAAAUUGUGAUUAAUGUUAAAUUUCUGUUUUGACAAUGAUCUAAAUGCAAUCACAGCCUACCAUGCUGCUGAUUUUUCAUGGUUUAUUCAACUCAGUUGAAUUUGUUCACUAUACAUGUUCUGAUUCAGGUAUAAUUUAUAACUGUUUUUCCCACAAAGUCAGGUUUCAAAUAUUUAUGACAGUGUUGUAAUUAUAAUUAAAGUCAUAAAAAUCCAU